CUCCAACUUUCAAUUUUUACCUGUCUCGAAGUCGAAUUAUACUUGCGAUUUGGCCACAAUAUACGUACAUUAAAUCCGUCAGUUAUCAUACAGCGAUCUUUGACUUUGAUCUCCACAUCUGCGUUACGGCAGCGAUGCAUUUGUUUUGAAUGAAAAUUGCAUUCGAAAACUUUCAGUGAUUUUUUCAUCCGUAUCUGUAAUGCCUGCUUUACAGUAGGAAGCAUCAAUUCCUGGUGGGUCGAACUAGAGACAGGAUAGAAACAAGUUAGUCCUGGGUUAGUACGAAAUUCGGGUGCAGAUAAUCGAAUAGUAAUCCUGUUGUUUUUUUGAGUAGAAGGGAAAGAACACCAUUUCCCAUUUCCUGUAGAAUCUAGGUAAUUUAUUCAUUGAUAAUAAAACGUUUUGAGAAUAACUUCUUUGUAGUCUACUCACAAAAAUAUGACUUCCUUUGUUUUUCCGGCAACAUUGACGGCAUUGUUUACCAUGCGUGCUUUACCGAUCUUUUUCGCUGCUUGAGACCCCAUAUUGCGACGAUGUCCAGCGUUCCGUCAAAGCGUGCCAGUCGACACGACGUAGAGCAUGGACCUGCGCCAACUCAACUCUGGGGCUCGUCUGAAGAAGAGGAAAUAGACAUCCCGUCAGCGCGAGGAGAACACGCCCAUCAUCAUGAAAAACAAGCAGCAGGUAGAGGUACUUCUUCGUCCGCCCCCUCUGAUGGUAAAAACAGCACCGGUAACACCGGUCGACGGCGUUCCUACCGUGAGCACGAAAAGCAAGUGAAGCGAGAGGAAUCCGCUGCUCUGAGGAUACAGGCAAUUCACCGAGGGCGUGUCGCCAGACAAGAGGCCGAAAUGCGUCGAGCGUUCCUGCACGACGGACAGGACGAUGGCGCUUCAUCUGUGGGAGGUCAAAGUUGGCACCCGGUGCAUGACCUAACGCCGAUGGAGCGGCAAGAAGUGGAUGAAAUGGCCGCUCAAGCAGAGAAAGAUGAGACAUCACAAAAGCAGAGUGCUGCAGAUGGAGGAAGCAAAGCGCUUUGCCCCAACCCGGCGUAUCUGUUUUUCCCUGAGCGAUUAGAGGAGUCAGACGAGACGGGCGCACCGAUGAAUCAUAAUGCUGGUCUUUUUGUCGAUGGCAGAGCUUGGAAACAACAGCGAGAGCUGUCGCAACAUAGAGAAAAAGCUGCGUGCAGAAGACAAUUUCAUCAUAAAAGUGGGUCGUCUGAGCUACAACAUGCGCACGCCCUGCUUCUGGGCAGCUGUAUCGAAGGCGGCAGCAGUAGCAGCACAGGUUCUUACUCUAUGACGCCAUCGUGGGGAUCGUCACCGCGGUUCGUGCGUCACACGGAGAACCUGCAUGCUGCGCCUUUGCUGAGACAAACAGGCGGGAAUGGCUGGAACGUGAUGCUCGAGGGACGGCAUCGCACUCUACCGCCCGAGAUAACGGGGCUCAAUACCCCUAAUGUGUUUGGAAAUACACAGAGUGCGCGCAAUGAGAAUCCACCGAACCCGCCCGUAGGUACCAGCGACGAAGAACAUAACGGAGAAGUCGUGGAUGAACAUAAUCGAGUCUUCAACCGACAAACUUCUUUGUACGAGGACUCGCCGGAGGGAGUCCUCGGCAACAUUGCACCACAACGAGAGAGCAGGGGCAGCACGAGCGCUAUUGCCGGCGAAGUUGGUCUCGGGACAAAUGCACUACUAGGUCGACGCUCCGGCGGAGGACCACAACAGCUGCGAUUUCCCAAAACGGGCAACACAAAGUUGGCGGGGGUGUAUAACAACUCGGUAGAAGACUCUUCGCCACGGCAACAUUCAGAUGGGGGCCUUGUAGAGUUUCCCCCGCUUCUGCAUCUGCCGAACCCCAACAAGCGAAACUCCGGAGUUGCAGAUGUGAAGGCAUCGGACAGAGUUGCAUCGCGCGAUCGACACUUCGAGAGCUCAACCAACGCACCCCGCGUUGACGCGGACGAUGAGGCAGACGAUAUUGCUUUGAACAUGCGACCCGGAAGCUAUUAUCGUGACUUAGAUGAGACGCCCGAUCGUCGAAAUGCUAGUCAUGACUCUCGGCAUAUAGAAAAAGGACUACAUCAGGACUCGCCGUUGAUCGCCCCAGGGAGGGAUCAAAGCAGUGCUGGUUUGAGAAUCGCUACACAGGCUGUUCUCGCCGAUGUGGGUGGCAAACGCGAGAAGAGUGAUGUCAUGGCCCAGACGAUCGAAGACUCCAUCGAUGAAGAGGCGGCGCGGCAGCGGCGAAUAGCGGAGUGGGAAGUGCUGAGGCGUGUUCGAUUUACAACGGGCUUUCAGACGCCCAUUUUUCUGCGCGGUUCUGCGCAAAGCCGCGCUGCGCUGGGUCGCGUGCCACCGCAGAUGCGGCAGCUGACGAACGCUUGUCGGUCUGUGACCGAGCCGCACUUCGCACCAGCGCGGGAUUAUCAGGACCGAGACGGCAACCGCCCCCUCGUCAUCUACAGAACGAGGUUCAUGAACUUCUUUUGGACUGUUGGACGUCUUGUCAGCAACGUUUCUAAACCGACCGUUUGGCGCUUGAUGUGGCGCUUUUUCCGUCGCUUGGCGGAACUACCAAACGAGGAUCUGCAUCACCUCUCUGAAACCAGUGAUGAUAUUUUCUCGCGGAAUGUGGUGAUCCCCGGACGGGAGGAGGGCACGUAUCUCGACUACUACGCGCCACCGGAGUACGAGCAGAAUCUUGGGGCGCCGCCGACAACAACUACCGAUGGACCAACCAUCUCCGAGGAGCUUUCGGGGCCAUCAAAUAGGCGGUUGCAAGGCAUGGACGGACCAGCUACAACAUCGCGUAGUGCGCAUACAACACCAGUCAGAGACGCGGGACCUGCUAGCAGUACAGGAUCAUCGCUUUCGCUUUCGGUUUCGCCGAUGGGGAGACAUGCUCUCCCCAGAGCGGCCCACGACGGCUUCGGACUACUUGCGGGUGUGCGUGGAGGUAAUCCUACAAAUGUCAUACAGGGGCACCGCACCUCGUCGCCUACGAUCACAGAGGCUCGCGCAGCUGCCGAACCGUACGCAUCGCAGCAGGGCCUCAUCCAUCAGCUCAGUGAGAUGCCCUGGAAGUACUGCUUAGCCGUUGAUAUCGGCGCCGCACGAACGAAGUUCAAAUUUGUGGAUAACAACACAGAAGAGGUGUGUCACGUACCCAAAGUGAACUCACAAGACAUCUGGGAGACACGGGAGCCCGCCAUAGGGCUUCGAGAGUAUCUCACGCAGCGCAUUCCAGGCGAACAGCUAGCGGGGAUCGACCGGAUCAUCUUUUCAGUGCCAGGGACCAUUGACAUCCAGCAGGCAGUGCACGCCGAGGAGCUCACAGUGGUCAAAAACAUGCCAUCUUUUCAAAGCAACUUCCGUGGUUUCGACUUCAAGGCGCGCUUUCGACCAUUCUUCCCUGGCACCAAAGUCUCUGCGUGCUGCGACAACCUCGCAGCGGCCAUUGGCUGUGCGGCAAAGUAUAACUGACUUAGUAGAGACGUGCUAGACUUAAACGCCCGGUAGCACUUCUCUCACUAGAAUCUUCCACCCUCUGCACGCACUUCCCCCGCCAUGGCGUGCCCCCGCUUCUCCGCUUCCCCGGCUCCUUCCCCGCGCGACAGCCGUCCGGCGGAGUUGAUCGGUGGGACAAGCGCCGGGCUUGGGGCGGCGUGCGGCCAUUGAAUUGGAAGAGGCACGCCGCGAAAUCGCAGGCCCAGGAGUUUGCCUUUCUUUUGUUAGGUUUGGCUAUCUUUACGCGAAAGCUGCAGCUUUCCAGUUUCAAACUUUUACAAUCUGUCUCCUUUGAAUACUAAAAACUUAGCAUUUAACUUUUUUUGAAGUUUAUUCUUCUUCGAUAAAAUCGAAGAUUUUGCUAUUUUCAAAAGUCGCAAAAUUUUUGAUUUUAUCAGCAAAAGAAAUAGAUUUAAAGUCCACGGCGGGGCGUUGUAGGCUUCAAGCUGAAGACUUGAAGCCUCAAGGCCGUAGCUCCUGAGUUCCGGCGCUGUCUACAAGUAUGCCAUGUCAUGCCCAUGGGUUCAUAGGUUGCCUAUACGUUGUUCUUGGGUUGAGAGAUCCGGGGGCUGAGAGAUCAGGGGUUGAGAGAUCAGGGGCUGAGAGCUCAGGGGCUGAGAGCUCAGGCGUUGAGAGAUCAGGCGUUGAGAGAUCAGGGGCUGAGAGAUCAGGGGUCGAAAGCUCAGGGGUCGAGAGAUCCGGGCUUGGAGAGAUCCGGGCUUGGAGAGAUCCGGGGUUCCUGGGUUCAUUUGUUCAUGUGUUGCUUUUGUUGGUUCGUUGGUUGAUUGGAAAAGAGAGCGGAAAAUUUUUUUAUGGGGGUCGCGUGUUUUUGGUUCGGGUGUGUUUGGUUGAGAGAUUGGCGGGGACGUUGUUGAUUUUUUAUUUAGCUCGUUAAUAUUUCUAAUCUUUCUCACCUCGAAUAUUAUCUUCAGUGACAAAAGCUAAAAUCUGAACAAACUUUCAUAAUCUCUCAUGGAUACGCAACCACGACUUCGUCCAGGUAUCCGAACGUUUCGCAAGGACUUGUGGUAGUUUUGGGAACUGCACCUGCAGUAUCCACUUUCAAUCGCAAGGGGAACGACGGGCUUGAGACAGGCAUUUGGCAGUCAUGGGUAUGGUUUACCAAAAUUGCCUUGAAGGACCGUUACGGUUAUGCAGGCGGCGUAAAAGUACUGGACAACGGGAAGCGCAUCGUUACGAAUCCGCCAGACUUUGUGAAGAUGCCGCACAAACAGAGUAGAAUUCGGUUCGCGCUGGACAAUCGCACGUGGCUUAGGUUUCAGGGCAAGGAACCGACGCUGCCCGCUGCGCAACAAGGGACGCUGACGGCACAGGAAGCGACUAAAGUUUGGGUCGAGCGGUUGCGGGCGGCGUUGCGCGCUUUGGCGAUCAAAUUCCAUCAAUAUUAUGGGCCACCUGAUGCCAUUUUCGUCCUUGGUGGAAAUUCGCUGCAGGUGCACGGCCUGAUUGAGGAGGUCAAAUACGACAAUCCUGAAAAUUUCGACAUGCACGACACGCCAGAGAACAAGAAAACGUACGUUCCGGUAUUUACGUGCGGCACGGAUGCAGAACAGCAGGACACCACCAUGAUAGGCUUGCUGCAAAGCUCGAGAUUCAAGGUGAAACAGGUGUACUCAGCAGGUAGCGACCCCUUGGAUCGCGGCUGGACACGAGGCGGCGAGAUCUACCACUGGGUUUUGCGGAGCCGUGCUGCGGGAAAGGAUGUCAAGCAACCCUCACCCGGGGGCUCAGUCGGUAGUCUCUUGAGUCUUAUGGGCGCAGGCGGCAGUGCGACUCGAAAUUACAAUGGUGAAGGCGAGUCUGCAACGAGCGGGUCGACCAGAAAUAAUUCCAAGACCAAAGAGCACGUAGAUGGUUCCAGUUCUUCCGCUGUGCGGCGUCAACACUCCCACUGACGAGGUCGAGAAUAAGGCGUUGCCUUCAACAUGAGAGGUAAGAAUUAGAGCCUACGUGAUAUCGCUACCCUGUGAGAUACCGAAUGUAAGCCUUCUCCGCUGAGACGCCGUCGCGCCAUUGGCGCAAUCUCCGCAUUGCUUGGGGAUAGCAUCCCUGGCAUGUCAAUUUUCCUGGCGUUAAUAUCAGAGGAUGUCCCCUGUUGUUUUAUAUUCUGAAUUUUUGAAUCUUAAGCUUCGUCCCUCGAUCUCUAUGGCGCUCAGACGGAUCCCCAGACGCGUAUGUUUUUCUGGUACCACCAGCCUAUAAUUAUAUUUAAAUUCUUCUACUUAGCCGGAAUCGUAUUUAAGCCACCACAAAAUUCGGCUCGCAAACAGACAUAACAUUGUGAGUGG